AUGGAUGUCUCUAAUUUGGGUGUUCUCUGGGAGACGGAACAGGCCAUCAGAGACCAUCUACGUAGCACAGCGGAUGGCGAUCUUCAAGUUUUGUUCAAAGAAAAGACCAAAGAGACAGUGAAAGACGCAUGUGUUCCACAUGUCCAUGCCCUUUUGAAGAUCGCGUUACAGAAAACAGUUGAAACUGAUGGCAUGCCCCCACCCCCGAUCCAUCCUCUUCGAGAGCAGCUCGAGCAGCUCUAUCAGAGAUGCGGCCGGACUGGCAUCGGUGAAGAUCAGAUCGUUGCAGAUUCAUGGUGGGUUCGCAAGUUCAUUGGGCUGGUGAAGAUGAAGGUCCGAAAAAGAAAGGUCAGUGUGUGCAAGGCUGAGAGAUUGAAGCGAAGUAGAAGUCGAGGUUUGAACAUCCUUCGUGCCAGCCCCACAAAGAGGAAGGUCCAAUCAAUUACUGAAGACGCAGAUGAGGCACCUGAGGAUCGAGAGGAACCGAUGGAAAGGAAGUGCCGAAAAAAAAAGAUACCCUCGGGAUCUUCCACAGAUAGGAAGGGCAGAACACGCAAAACAUCAGGUGCAACGGGCACACCGGAGCCGAAAGGCAGAGCGAAGCCAAAAGGGAAAUCUAAACCCAAAGCUAAAGCAAAGCCCAAGGCGAAAGGCAAGGCGAGGGCAAAGGCCCAAUCGCAAAAGGGCCCUGAAGAGGUAGCUGAGGAAUUCAGGAGCGACUCAAAGUUCUCGAGUGAACAGUUCACCGACAUCUCAAACUUUCUUGACCGUUUUGAGCCCUAUGAGAAGGUGCAAGACAAAAGGUUCAAGAGCUUUGCUCGCAGCCUCAUUCCUGACCUUGAAAAGCAUUCCCUCGACAAUAUCUACUGGACCAGGGGCAAUGUAGGUAUCACAAAGCUCGAGACUGGCAAAGAUAUCUUGCAUUUCAGUUUCAAUCAAUCAUCGGCAACUGAUGCGCAAAAGAUGGCAGUAUCAAUCAAAUGUGCGAUCAUUGCAGCCCAGGGAUUGGACAAAGGUCUCGACUACAGGAAGGAUGGACCGCUGACGGAGAAACUGAAACACAAUGCGCAGCUUGUGUUGUUCUUGGCUGCAAACAAAAUGUAG